AUGAUGAAUGUGUUUAAUAAGAUUAAACUUAUCAUUCUAGACUUUUUGGCUAAACACAACAUAAUACUCAAAUAAACAGAUUCUAUUACUUUAGAUAAUUAAAUAUCUAUUGUAACCAAAUUAGAAUAUUAAUAUCUCACUCCAAAAAAAUAAAAUGUGAAUUAACAAUUUGCUUCAAUCUCUAUAUCAAAAAGUGAGUUUGUGUCUAGUCAAGAAAUGUUUUCAAAGAUAGAGGAGAGUUCAAAAAACUCUAUAGAUGAAAAUUAUACAAAGAGCUUGAUGAAUAUGACGAGUAGUGAAUUAAAACUAUAAUUUGGAUGUGCUGUCUAAUAAAUUCUCAAUAAAAGAAAUAAGAAUAAUUAAUUAAUCACUAUACACCCUAUUGUUUAUGCUAUUGUCUAAUCCUUUUUCAGCAAUCAAAAUUAUUGA